UUCAAGGUUUGAAAGAGAAAAUGGAGGCUGCUCAGAGGUCUACUCCAAUGGCCGUGGCAUCCCAGAAGGUCAAAGAACCUAAUUCCGUUAAGAACAUAAAAAAACUGCUUAGUGGCAGAGGUCAAGAUCGAUCAGAAGAUGCACAUUCAAUCAAAGGUUCUGGAGAGUCUAAACGUGUUGGUUCUCAAAAACUUAAGAGCAAGGAAAAAUCAGUAGUUCAAGCUAAUGGCAACAUCCAGAAAAAGGAGGAACUAAUUCAAGUUGGUAACGGAAGUUCUGAGAAGCAAAAGGAACAUAAUGAGAUCAAGUCCAACUUUGUCGGCAGGAAUCAGUCCAAUGCACCAAAAAGAAUGGAAAAGAGAAGUUCACUGAGCAGGCCUUCUGAUGUGCUCAGGCAAAAUCACCAAAAGCAGAAUUGUGUGUCCAACAGGGUGGAAGGAAAUUAUAAGCCUUCAGUUUCUCAACAAAAAGAUAGAAAAGAUCUGCCCACCAACUACAUUAAUGGGCGAGGAAGUAAGACUGUAAGUAAGAUUGUUGUAAACAAUGUAGUUCCUUCCAGGAAAACAAAUUCAGUUACCACUGAUGCUGGAAAAGAGUUUUCAUCCUCUAGAGUAAAUACACCUGUGAAAAAGAAACAACCAAUUAAUAGGAAUAUCCAAUCUGAUAGAGCACUUGCUGAAAGUAUAUUGAUGGCAAAAGAUGAAAGAUUGGUAAAAUGUAAUGUUUCAGUUGAAGGGAAUACUAAGUGGGAUGCAUUUGACAGGAACAAUGGCUUGGAUGUCGUGUCUUUCACAUUUACAUCUCCAAUUAAAAAAUCGGGGGCUGCAUCCAGCUCAUCUAGUAAAAUGUUGGAAGUGACUAAGUCAUCAUCUCCCAUUAGCAAUCCUUCUGACCAUCAAUCUGACUUCAAAAAUUCAGAUGCAUCUUCCUUGGCAAGUAAUAUUAUAGGCAGGGAUGCACUUAGUGUGAUUUUGGAGCACAAGCUUAAAGAACUGACGUCUAGAGUUGAGAUGUCCCAGCAAGAGCUGUUGGAAGCUAGUUCUUUUUCUAGUAUUGCCAACAGCUACCAGAAUACGGGGCCCACCAUAAAAUUGGUUAACCCUACAGAAAAAGAUGAUCUAAAUGAAGGCAAAUGGGAAUCUCAAAAUAACUUCGAUAGCCCUUUUGUUGACAAACUUUGGCUGAAAGAAGUGAAAGAGCACCAGGGACUACUGGACAAGCAGGAGUAUAGCAAUAACAACAACACUGAACAUGAAAGCUAUCUUAAUAUUUCNAUAUUGAGAUCCACCAAGUACAAGUUUCCCUUAAUGUGGCUCGUACUCGUUCCUCUUCUUGCCUACAUGAACCAACGAGGGUUAGAAGGAAAACAACAUACCAGAAGGGCAAAAAAUAUCAAUUUUAUGAAGCGGAUUGAUCACUCGGUCUUUCUAGAGCGGGAACUAGGAAGUGGUGACUCCUACAUAAAUGAUCUUCACCUCCACUCAAUUUUUACUUAUCUGCAGCGAUUUAGCAAAAAAUUAAGCUUUGAACUUUUCGAUGCUCGGCGAUUUGACUAUGUGCAUUCUCUGGGUUUUCUUUGGGUUCUAUUCCUGAAUCUAAAUGUUGUAUGA